AUGACAAGUGAAAAAGGAUGCAUAAGGCACAUCAGCCAGAUAACUGAAAAUCAAUUGAUCCAGCACCUCUCACUUGUAAGAGCCGCGGUACCCUACCUUGAGCCUCUGACCCAAAAAGAAGUGACAUUCGACUUGGCUGUCGCACUACGGGUCAACACUAGGGAGCAGCAACGCUCCUAUCAAAGGGAAAUUUCGCUGGUUCAGAUGGAACUAGCGGCAAUGACGAUUACAGCUUGGGCAACCUCGCAGUAUCCCGGCCCUCAUGAUUCCUUCAGGUGGGAUGACAGUUAG